GGUGCGUAUCGGUUGCUUUCUCGGUCGUUGGUGUCUGGCGCCAUGGCGGCAGGAGGGACGACAACGGCAGAGCUUCCCUUGGAUGUCCAGGAUUUGAAACCUCCAGAAACCUUUGACAGUGAUUCAGAUAGUGGAAAGGGCAGCUGUGAAAUAAACUCCCCAGCACCGAUAAGCAAAGGAAUUGCAUCUGUUGAUGAUGCAUCUUCAGAUGAAGAGAUUUAUGUGAGUAAGAGAAUCAAAUGUAAAAAGGUACUCCUAGACAGUGACAGUGAAGGAGAAGACCUUGUCCCUGGGAAGUUGGAAGCUGCAUCUGGGGAAAGUGUGAAGGAAAAUGAAGAGAAGAAAUCCAACCUCACCUUCCAGGCUCUGCUGGACCGCGAUGACAGUGAUGCAGAGAAUCUGUCUCCUGAGCUUGAGUUGGAAAACUCUGGAAAACCUGGGAAAAAACACAAAAGCCACAAAAUCUAUUGUGUAAAGCAAAUCGAUGGAAAAGAAAAGGGAAGCCCAAGGAAAAGGAGGACGAAGAAAGAGAAGAAAAUGAAGGCCAUUAGACAGAUGAUGAAGAAAGAAAAGAUACAAGAGCAAAAGGAGGAUGGUGAGGCUAUUUCUUUCAAUGACAGCGGCUGUCUGCUGGCUGAUAAAGACCUUUUCGAGAAUGGCUUGGAGGAGGAAGAUCCCCCUUUUCAAGAUGAAGAGUCGCUCGAGUUAAUAAAAGCUGCAGCAAAAGAAAAAAUGAGAAAACAGAAGCUGUUUUCCAAGAGUGAAGAUUACAAGCAUGUGAUGGAUGUAAAUGAGGAACUGCUCUUAAAGGAACCUAGAAAGGAGCGGAAGGCAGCCAAGCUAAGUAAAGAAGCUAUGAAGCAGCUGCAUAGUGAGAGCCAACGACUUGUUCGAGAAAGCACCAUACCUCUCCCAUACCACUUACCAGAAGCCAAAAGCAUCCAUGAGUUCUUCAAGCACAAACCACGUCCUGCUUUCCAGGGGAGUGCUAUGACUUUGCUAAAAUCGACUAAAUAUCAGCCCAGUCUUGACGAAGGAACUGCUGCUUCAAAGAACCCGGGGGUCGGCUGCAUUGAGAGUGGGAAAGAACAACUUGACCAGUCGGCAAUGAGGGAAUCGGGAACAGGACUUGAUCUGCAAACUUCAGCCCUUGUGAACCCUGCGUUUGCUAACAUAGACAGAUCUUCUGCUGGGGAAAUGGAACAAUUGACAGAAGCUUGUGUGGACCAAAAUGGACAGAAGAGUGAUUCCAAAACUGAGUGCCUUACAGAGGAGCUGGCUUCUGGAAAGCAAGGAAUGCCUAAUCCAAUUGCUGCUGAAUCCAUGGAAUCACUGGAGAAUAAAGUGGAAGAAAAUGUACUUGAACAAAGUGACGAGCAAUCAUCAGAAUCAUGCCCAGGACCCAAAGAACCUGUUCAGCCUGAGGCGGCAGCGGCAUCGCUAGCUCCUGGUGAAAGAACAAGGAAGUCCAAGCUGGAUCGGCUUCGGGAGCUGGGAGUGGACCUGACGAUCAAGCCUAGGCUGUGUUCUGGGGAUGAUUCGUUUAUUGAUCUUGACGAGCCUGAAUCUAACAGAGAGCUGGAAGCUUUGAAAGAACGCUUUGUGAAGCAUGCAAUUCAUGCAGCCAAACCGAAGACGGAACGAAUGGUGAACUUGAAUAUUAUUCGUAAGGAGAUGACUAAAGAGGGCAAGGAGGAGCUGAAAGCAGAUGUGGUGCCGGUAACCCUGGCUGCAGAGGCUGAAGAAGAGGCCACCCACAUGAAGCCAGGUGAAAAGUUACGCAUGCUGAAGGCUAAACUGCAGGAAGCCAUGAAACUCCGCAGGGCAGAGGAACGCCAGAGGCGGCAAGCAUUGUUUAAACUGGAUAAUGAGGAGAUGAUGGAGGAAGAGGAGGAAGAGGAGGAGGAGAUGACGGAUGAGUCUGAUGAAGAGGAGGAGGAAGGCAAUCAGGAGAGUGCAGAGUAUCUUCUUGGUGAGGCAGAGGAAGAUGAGGAGGAGCUAGAAGAGCAGGGCCUUGAAGAUGGUGACAAAGAAACUGACAAAGAAUCAGUUGAUGAGGGUCGAGGGGCCAAGUCUGUGCACUGUAGCGCUGUUCCAAAGCCUUCAUCUACAGAGUCGACAUUGCUGCUGUUCAAGGAUAACUCUUCAAAAACAGGGUGUUCUCUUCCAGGUGAAAAAUCUGAGAUGGAGGAAGCCAUGGGCAAAAGACCAGACAAGCCAGAAGAUGAAGAUUCAUUUUUAAUGCCAAACUUGGCAAAGGAAAAUAGCCACAACAGCAGCUUUGAGCUCAUCAGUUCCAUGAUUCCCUCCUAUCAGCCUUGCAAUAAGCAAGUGGCACGAGGCGGCAACUUCCUGCCUGCCAUUGGAGCUGUCCGCUCUCCUUCUCCCGGCUUUUUCAAAACAAGCUUUAUCAGCUCCGCAUCCAAGAGUUCAGGAAAGGCAUCUGAGCCUUCCUUACCCAUAGAGGAUUCCCAAGAUCUCUAUAACGCUACACCUGAAGAGAAAAGCCCAGUUCCAGCGGCUGGGAGGUUCCAGUUUCAAUUCUCCAUCGAAGAUGACACCCAAAGUCAAUUGCUUGAUUCAGACGGGUUUUUGAAUGUUGGCCAUCACCGGAGCAAAUAUCAGGUAUCCAAGAACCGCUUACCGUUGGCCAGCAUGGAUGAGAACGCAAUGGAUGCCAAUAUGGAUGAACUAUUAGAUCUGUGCUCUGGCCAGUUUGCUUCCCAGGACAAACACCCUCCUAACACUUACAGCGGCCCGAAGCCAAACAUGGAGGAACUGCUCAACCUUUGCUCUGGAAAGUUUUCAUCUCAGGAUUCUCCCAUUCGAGCCUCUUCAGCCACCUCUAAACUGGAAAAAGAGAGCAGCCCUGAGGAUCCAAUGGAUGAAGCACUCGCUCUUUGUUCUGGCUCCUUUCCAUCUGACAGAGAAGUGGAAGAUGAAGAGCAGGAAGAGUUUGGAGACUUCCAGCUUUUAACGGAUGACCAUGCUUUUGAUAGUGAAGAAGAAGAUAAUGACGAAGAAGAGGAGGAAGAGAAUGAUCAGGAGGAAGAACAGAGUGAAGACGAAUUAGAAGUUGAUGAUGAAGAAGAAGUCUUGAGACGAAGAGAAGGACAGAAGAAGAAACUCAAAUUGCAGGACUUCAUGGAAGAGGAGGCUGAGCUCUCAGGAAGCGAAGUGGGAAGCGAGGAUGAAUACGAUGGCGAGGAACUCGAUGAAUAUGAGGAAGAGGUUCUUGAUGAGGACCUGCCUACCGAUGUUGAACUCCAGGAUCAAGUCAACAAAAUACACAUGAAAGUGAUGCUGGAUGAUGACAAACGGCAGCUGCGCCUGUAUCAGGAGAGAUACCUUGCUGAUGGAGACCUUCACAGUGAUGGCCCUGGGCGGAUGAGGAAGUUCAGGUGGAAGAACAUAGACGAUACUUCCCAGAUGGAUCUGUUUCACAAAGAUGCUGACAACGAUGAUGAGAAUGAAGACCAACUUGACGAGACAGAGGCCAAGUGGAGGAAGGAGCGCUUUGAGCGGGAGCAGUGGCUUCGGGAACAGUCAGAGAAAGGGGAAGAGGAGGAUAUUGAUGAAAAUAGCCAGUUCAUGAAACUGGCAAAGAAAGCCACUGUUAAGUCCCUACAAAAGAAAGCAAUCCCCACAAUAGCUGCACAGGCAACUAAAUCGCUAGCCAGAAAUCCAUUUGAAACUUUCCGGACUACUAGCAACCCACAGCUGAAGAACGGAUCGCUGCUGAACCGGCCCAAAGCCAUCCUGCAGAAACUAGCAGCCAUGUCGGACCUCAACCCAAAUGCCCCCAGGAACUCGCGGAAUUUUGUCUUCCAGACGCUCUCCCCGGUUAAAAGUGAGGAGAAGAAGGAGAAGUCCAAACCCCAGGUCAAGAAAAGAGCUCCUGUUUCCAUUGUCACCCCUUCUCCCAAACGACUGCGGCUCGAUGGCACUUCAGCUCAAGAAAACCGGAGUAUAUUCCAGUACUUGGAGAGAUAAGUUACAGAUGGGCUGCAUCAACUGCUCCCAUGCCUGUUCCUGUUCCAGCGUCCGAAGGCAAGGAACUGACGCGUGUGUCUCUUGUCCGAAACAAUCCAGUGCUGCAUGGAUAAUGGCCAUUUGCAACCUCAUAGGUCAGGCCCAGCUCAUCAUUCCACCUGAAAACUUGAGUACAAAUAGCAGGGGAAUGAAUGUGUUUUACCUAUUGGAUGCAGCUCCAGCUCGAGCAUUACUUGAGCCAGCAUUUCUCUGCAGUGGUCUCCUUUGUCAAUCUGCGUUGCACUCCCAAGGAGUACUCUGAGAAGGCCAGGCGUUAGAGGCCUGUGUUUCCAUGCUUUUUCUUCUCCACUGUGGAGGCUGGACGUAUCCUUAUGUCAGUUGUUGAAGUUUCCUUGACUCUAUGUGUAUUGGAAGUUCCAGCUUAUUUUUUUUAAUCAAGGGGUUUGUUUUAACUUUUCCAAUGACAGUUUUAUAUUGUAGAGCAGGAUAUGUGCUUUGCCGUCUACUCUUCCCCACACGUCAUUCUUGGGCUCAGUUAUUCUAUUUUUUUAGUUUAAAAAGCAAACCAACGAAUUUGUGUCAAGGAAGACAAUGGAGGAAGGAGGAAAUUCUCUUCUGCCCGUUGUGUCUGUGCUUUUCAGUCCUCCAUAAGUUUAUUUGAACACUUGAAAGCUUUUCAAAUGAAAAAUAGAGGUUUGGAGAAAAAGGAUCUUAUUUACAGCUACAUUCAGUUUUGAGGCAGGAUUUGGAAUCUGGAAGAUGAAUGGAAUUAUGCAACACGCUUCUGGCUACGUUUUGAAUGAGUUACACCGAAGACAUUUUACGGCAAACAUCCUGCCUGGUUCUUAACAUGCUCUAAAUUCAUUCCUCCAAGGUCUCAAGACAGUAAUCCUGGAUUGUAAAUUUAUUCUCUGAGUGUGUGUGUGUGUGUGUGAAAUGUGUAAAUAAGUAAAUA